AUGAUUGCAAAAUGUCUUUUAGGUAUAUAUUUUAAUGUCAAUUUAAUAUUGGUGCUUAUUUCCGUUGUUCUUACAGUUGUCGUACUUAAUUUUCAUUAUCGUGGACCGAAAAAAUCACGUGUACCUCGUUGGUGUCGUCGUAUAGUAAUGGGUAAAAUUGGUCAUUGGCUUGGUUUUCAUUUUAUUAGUCAUGAACAAUUACUUUCUCCAUCAAAUCCUACUAAAAGUUUUGCACGACGUACUACUCGUCGAGAUAAUUCAAAUGGUGACAUUAUUAGUCGAAAUGAUAAACAUAGUAAAAUCAAAUUACCUCUUCUUUCAAAAACAACAACAACAACAACAACAACAACGACAGCAACACCAAUCGAUGAUUAUGACAAAGAUGGCAUGACUCAUACAUCAAUUCAGCAACAUUCAUUAACGCAUAAUAUAGAACAAAUAUUACUUAAAAUGCAAACACAAUUUGAUCCAAGUAGAAUUGAUGAUGAACAAUUAAAAGUUUCUAUAUUACGUGAAAUACUCGAAUGUCAACGUUUACUUCUAUCAAUACAUGCAAGAAAACAAAAUAUUCAUUCACAGUUAUUAUAUGAUAUAUAUGAAGAAUGGAAAAUUUUAGCUAUUAUUGUUGAUCGACUUUGUUUUAUAUUUUAUCUGAUUAGUAUGCUUGCUGCAUCAAUCAUUUUCUUUGUACGAGAACCAAUUUUGAGACGAAAUGGAUAG